AACGCUGUUAGGCAGAACUCUCGACAGACUCAUAGGCCCCUCACAGCGCCCCUCCACACCCCACUAACUGUACACGACAAGCAGUUAGUGUGUGGUGAGGAACUCUUUCUCCUUCCUUUUUCCUGCCCACAGCUGCAGUGGGGCCCCGGGUCUCAGGGGGCGGAUGUCACCUGCCAGGGGUGGGCUUUUUCCCCGCUCCAUACCUGGUCUUGUUCCAGGCUCUUAACCCCAGUGAACCCUUUGGGUGGUCACAUCCUGGUAAAAGAACUUUAGGGAGCACCUCAACACCACUGCUCAGCAGGCCCUCCUCCCCCACUGUUUCCUCUCCAUCAGACAGGCCUCUCUGUCCCUGGUUUUCCCCUACAAAUGCCCUUUUUUCAGUGGGGCUGGGUGUAAAGGGACAAAGUAGGGACUUUUUAAAAGGAAGAACUUUACUAGGGAAGUAAGAGAGGAACCAAAAUCAAAGCAAGGAAAUAUCAAAACCUUGGCUGUUUCAGUCUGCCCAUUCAGAACCCAGCCCUGCCCUGUUUCUUUGCCUCCCCUCUGAGAAGCUCUGGCCCAACUUCAUCCAUGUGCAAGACCUUUGCUUGCCCGACCCCUGACCCCUGACAAGGUGCACGAACAGUCAGUGCUCCAGGCUGUUCCAGAGGAGCACAAGCAGGGGUGUCCCUCACUCCAGUCCAGCCUGUCCCAGAGCUUCUGCCUCCUGGACUCAGCUUGCUGGGUCCAGCUUAGAUAUUAGAACACAGAGGUUUCCAUGAGUGGCCAGAGGGUAGGAUGGAACGAGGAAGGGGCUGACUGUCAGUAGGGCAAAAAGGGUGGAGGGGGAAAGGCUGCGAAGCGAGAGUAGAGAGUCGAGGGGUGUUUACAUAAGAGAAUCAGUUUGGUCCCAGAUUUUCUGCAUCCUCCCAAGGAUUGCCACAUUCCCAGGAAGAGCUUUGGAUCGAGAACUUCCCUGUAUGUGGGAUUCUUGGCAGCUGUCUAGGACUACAGCAGGAGGGGAGCUGGGCCCAUCCCCCCAACCCCCAAACUGACGGAGAGAAAAGUCCCACCAAAUCAGGGACCCUUUUCUGGGAACCCACACCUGCGGGGAACGCCAGGAUGAACCCCAUUGCUAGGACACCCCCCUUCCUCCCGAGAAGCAAUGACUGGGGAGAUACUCCAUAGACAGCUCAGCACAAAAAAGCUCUGACUACACACAGAAAGCCUCCGGACUGGGAAGUGAGGUGAGGAAUGUGGGGCAAAUCAAGGGAGAGGAUGAGGGUGGGUGUUUGAAGCCCAGCUCUGCCAAAGUGGGUCUGGGAUGCAUGAAAGGGGAGCACAGGCAGGACACAGGAAUGAGCCUCAGUAAUGUUUCUGUGACACCUCACAACCCCAAACCCCAUGCUCUGGACCUCAAUUUCCCCUCCCCUGCCCCUCUAACUGGGGAUCAGGGGUCCCGUUUGCUUCACUGAACCCAUCUGUCUGAGACCAGCUCAUAUCUUCCUCUUUUGUGACUGUAAGUCACAAGGCAAAGCACUAAGCUGUGUGUAGUCACAGAGGGAACACAGAACCUAAAAGUGUGAAGGGACAGAGGGGAAAGUGGCAAGGAAAGCCUGGAGCCCGUGGAAGAGGGGGGAGACAGGUGGGAGCAGAGGUCCCCAGGAUCAUGGCUGAGGCCAUCACCUACGCAGACCUGCGGUUUGUGAAGGCUCCCCUGAAGAAGAGCGUCUCCAGCCGCCUAGGACAGGACCCAGAGGCUGAUGAAGAUGGAGAACUCACCUAUGAGAAUGUUCAAGUGCCCCCAGGCCCAGGGGGGCCCUCGAUCUUGGCUCCUUCUGGAUUAGGGAACAACACAGGGGCGCAGACUGAGCAGCCAACGGCCGCCUGGAGCUCCUCGACGUCACCAGCUGCCAGGCGGAUUCUCCCGCGCUGCGCUCGGUACUUCCUUCUGGGCCUGCUCCUCACCUGCCUGCUGUUAGGGGUGGCCGCCAUCUGCCUGGGAAUGCGCUAUCUGCAGGUGUCUCGGCAGCUCCAGCAGAUGAGCAGGGUUCUGGAAGCCACUAACAGCACCCUGAGGCAGCAGCUGCGCCUAAAGAUAACCCAGCUGGGGCAGAGGGAAGAAGAUUUGCAGGGGUCCAGGAAGGAGCUGGCUCAAAGUAAGGAAACACUACAAAUGGAACAGAAGAUUUGCCAGACUACCAGAGAGGAGUUGCAGGCCUGCCAGUUGGACAGGAAGACGACAGAUGAAGCCUUGAAAAACAAGGAGGUACAGAGGAUAAACUUGGAGCGGAGGCUGAGAAGUAUGCAGGACACACUGAAGCCCUUCUUUACAUGCUCCUCACCAGAUACCUGCUGUCCUGUGGGAUGGAUACUGAACGAGAGGAGUUGCUUUUACAUCUCAGUUGAUGAGAGAAGUUGGGAGGAGAGCCAGAGCCAUUGUAAAUCUCUGUCCUCUAACCUGGCCAAAAUGACUGACAUUCUUUAUUCAUAUGGACGUUAUUUUCAUGCUUAUUAUCCCGGAAGUAAAGCGUUGACACACAGGAAUUCACUUGAAUCAUAUUGGAUUGGCCUCAGAUAUCAAAAUAACUUCUGGAAGUGGACUGAUGGUACCAGAUACACUGCGUUUUUUGCUCGAGGCCCAGGAUGUGUCAAGGUGGAAAGCAAGACACAUCAUAUGGAGAAAGAGGACUGUCAUGCUUCUCUUCCCUCCCUUUGUGAGAUGGCAGCUUUCAAGCAUCCAGAUGAGGACUACGCUGGCCUGUAGGUCUCAAGAUCCACCUCCCUCCAGUGUUUCCUCACUCUGCCUGGACAGUGGCUAGCCAAGGGCUGAUCCAUGCCCACCAUUUCUAGGCAAGCCUGUUGCCUGCUGGAGAUCUGUCCCCAAAACUGGACUCUUCCUGGGGAAAGGUGAAGAAACUUCUAGAAGAGACUUUGGCUUCCUAUGAAACCUCCCAUAGUGGGAUGGGUGGGGAGGGCGCACGGGCUGAGCGGAUAGGGGCAGCCCGGAGCCAGCCAGGCAGUUUUAUUGAAAUAUUUUUAAAUAAUUUGCACGUGUUAGUCUCA